AAGAAACUCCGAAAAAGCUCCAAAGUCGUCCUCAGCGAUACUCCUUUUCAAGUCACACAUUCAGUUUUCUCGCGGUCCUUUACACAUACGGGACACAUCGGAUUUUUUGUUUUUCCCAUAAAUUGUUAAGUAUAUUUUGCAAAUAUUGCUUAAACCCGCACACACACACUGUUUUGAAAGAUGUCUAAUCUAGUCAUAUACCUCGGGCUUUUAUUGUUCACGAUGUUGCUGAUUAUAAUAAUUAUUCUUGGUAAGAUACAUCAACGUAGGAAUUUAUGGCAACGUUUAGGUAUACCACACGAUGAGCCCGGCUAUAUAUUCGGUAAUCUUAAUGGACUCUCCCUCGCCCGCCCAUUCGCCAAUGCGAUACGCAGAACAUAUAACAAAUAUAAGCUACAUAGAAUUCCCUUUUGUGGCUUUGUUAUGCUCACGAAACCAAUAGCCAUCGUCACAGAUUUGGAUUUAGCGCAAGAUAUACUCGUACGAGAUGCUGAUAAGUUUAGUGAUCGUGAUUCAUAUCAUAAUAAAGUAGAUGAUACUUUCUCUGAAAAUUUAUGGAACUUAGAGGGAGAGGAAUGGCGUGAGCUGCAUAGAAAAUUAGCACCGCUCUUUACGAUGGAGAAAAUUCAAAAGGUUUUUCCGAAUAUCGUACAAGAAGCCGAUGAGUUAGUGGAUGCAUUGGAUGAGAUGGAUCAAGAAGUGGUGGAUAUAUACGACCUUUGCCAGCGUUACAUCGCGGACGUUAUUGCCGAUAGCCUACUCGCGUUGGAGUGUCACACAUUGCAGAAGCCAAUUAGUGAAUUUCGUGUUUAUGGCAACGAUCAUGUGACGAAACCGCGUAGCAAAGUGGCGGUAGCGUUGAUGGAGUGUCAGCGCUUUGUGGCUCGAGCUCACCAUUUAACUCAGACGCUUGAAGAGGUAAUCGAUUUCUUUUAUUCUUAUAUUGGCGCUGCUGUACUAGAGCAAGAGCACAACAAAUAUGAGCGUGAUAACUUUAUCCGUCAACUUGUCGACAUAAAGAACGAAAAGGAAGAAAAAAAUCGGUUGAGUUUCGAUGAAAUCGUUGCGAAUUCGGCACUGUUCUUUACCGCCGGUUAUGACACCUGCGCGAGUACUAUGACUUUUGCGCUCUAUGAGCUGGGAACUAAACGGCAUAUUCAGAAAAAAUUAAGAGAAGAGAUUAUGCAAGUAUUGGAAAAGUACAACGACGAGCUCACCCUUGAAGCUAUCGACGAAAUGAAGUAUCUAGAUAUGGUGAUUUCAGAAACUCUUCGCAAAUAUCCUAUAUAUCCCUACGUGGAGCGUGUUGCUAAUUGCGACUACCACACGAAAGAACCAGAUUUUAAAAUACUAAAAGGCAUGACAGUACUCAUUCCCAUUGAAGCAAUACUACGUGAUCACGACAUCUAUCCAGACUCAUUCAAAUUCCAGCCCGAACGUUUCGAAGCGGGGAAAGCGACACGACGCCAUCCGAUGGCUUGGAUACCGUUCGGCGAUGGGCCACGCUCCUGUAUUGGCAUGAGGCUCGGACAAUUGAUGAUACGCAUCGGUCUUAUAACACUCCUAACAAAUUAUGAAUUUUACGGUUGUCAUCGUACCCCGGUGCCCAUGCGUAUCGACAAAAAGUCUCGUCUAUUGAGACCGGAAAAAGAUGUCUAUUUGCGUGUUCUGAGCUUGGAAUAAGUAAAGACUGAAGCGAGAAAGCGAAAGCUUAGGCAACCUGCUGAAAGCUCUACUCAGGAACUAAAUUAAAGCUUGAUAGCUAAAAGUACAAAUAUUUUUUUAAUUUAUUUUUUAUGUAGUUUAAAAUAAAAUUAACGUUUCGAAAUGACUACUUCUUUCAAAC